AUGCAAUCAAACAAAGAUCACAGCUCAAACAUUGUGACAGCAGACGACCAUCGAAACAUCAGCACCCCAGAUGAAACUACUCCACUGACUCAAAGCGGCAGAGAAUUGAGUUCACCAUACAAAUACUGCCGAUAUUUCUCCCCUCGGUGUUUCGGUUUAAUAGGCUACUUUCUCUUGCUCCUAGUUGAAGUGGUUACGUUUAUUUUACGCAUUAGUUACUUUUGGCUCACGGUGAUUCCACUGUAUUCUUGGAAAGUGAAAUGUGCAAAGGACUUGACUCAUGGUGGGCAAGCAUCAAACGAAACAUCUCCAGACUUCUACUUGUCUUUACCGAUGACGAAGCUAUUCAACCAAAGCUCAAGAGAAAUGUUUCAUGCAUUUGAUAUCGCUUUUAAAUCUAUAGAAAACAUUAAACUGCUGUAUUUUUCUGUCAGUCAUUGUGGGAACACUACGGUUUGUUAA